AUGGACUGCUUGUCGAGCCAAGGAGCAGGAGCUCAUAGCGAUGUCCAGAGGCAAGAGCCUGCGGCUGCUGGUCCUUCUGGAGUCAAUGAGGACACUGCAAAGCACCAGGAGUGUGCAGGUCGUCCAAAGAACGUAACAGAGGAAAUAAUAAGGCUGAAAAAAUUGGGGUACACAAAGUCGGCGAUCGCCCGRGGAUUAAAUAUAUCACGCCGCACAKUCUAUAAUAAAUUAAAGGAGAGACAGCUAGAUGAAAUUCCUCCGAAGUAUUCAGAUAUUAGUGUUGAAGAGCUGGAUGUCUUUGUGAGGAAUGUGAAAAGCUCUCAUCCUAAUGUAGGUGAAGUCAUAUUGCAAGGGCAUUUGCGGGCAAGAGGGAUCCACGUUCGUCGACAACAUCUCCGUGAAAGCAUACAUCGCAUUGAUCCAAAGGGUCCUGAAUUACGUAGCCGACCUUGCAUCCAACAUAGGGUGUAUUCCGUGCCGUGCCCAAACUAUUUGUGGCACAUCGACGGCAACCACAAGUUGAUUAGAUGGCGAAUUGUCGUGCAUGGAGCCAUUGAUGGCUUCAGCAGACUUGUGACAUUUCUUAAGGCAUCCGAUAAUAACAGAUCUUCUACUGUGGUCGAGCAGUUUGACGCUGCCUCAAGUUCCUACGGUUUACCUSUUCGUGUCAGGACUGAUCACGGUGGAGAAAAUGUGUUGGUUUGGAAACGAAUGUACGAGCGCAGGGGCGUCGAAAAACGACCUGUUAUUGUUGGAAGCUCUGUCCACAACGAACGUAUCGAAAGAUUUAAUCGAGAUAUAAACAACAACUGCGAAAGACAAUACAAACCAUUAUUUUACGAACUCGAGCACAAUAGCCUUCUUGAUCCUGAUAAUAGCAYUGACAUUUUUUGUUUGCACUAUGUUUUUCUGCCGAGAAUAAACAGAACACUUUCAGAAWUCAGAGAGGCGCAUAAUCAUCACAACAUUUCCACAGAGCACAGUCAAUCUCCUUUGCAGCUGUUUCAUAGCAACCAACACUUGCUAGCUCAGCAUCAGUCACGCUCUCGAAAUGAUCCACAUAGCGGGAGCACACCUGAUACUAUUSUGCAGGAUGAGCAACCCUAUGUACAAGUUCCAAUCACCAACUGUCYUCUAUCUCCAAUAGAGUAUAUGAGACUUGUGGCAACAAUUUGUCCUCUUGACGGCGAUGGAAAGUCCGUUUACCAAGAAGUUGUUCACUUUGUGGGUCAAUGUCUUAACAGUCGGUAGCGAAACAA